GGCAACCAUUAGUCCAUAGAGAUUGUCAUCAAUUACCAAAACCAAACAUGGGGGCACAACAUGUUCUUUCACAGUGAUCUUGAAGCAAAUUUGACAAUGUAUUACGAGUUUUGAUGGAUUUAAGUACAUGGUUGUGAUUUUGAGGAGAUGGUCAAAAAUGUUCGGUGGAUUAUGAGAUUUUAGGUCUAGUGCAUGAGAAUGGCGAUUAUUUUCGUGGAUAAACAUAUUUUCAAUUAAUUCUAGAACACUUGGGAUUUAGUUAAGAGAUAGUCAAAGAUAUUUGGUGGAUUAGAGUUUUUGUUGGAUUUAGUUUGGUGAUUGUGAUCUUUAGGAGAUAGUUAAAGAUGUUCGAUGGGUUAUGAGAUUAUAAGUCUAGUAUGAGCAUGGCUAUAUUAUAUUGGUUGAUAAACAUAUCUUUUGUUAUUCUUGGAACAAUUUGGAUUUAGUUAGGUGAUUGUCAUCUUUAAGCAAAUUUGACGAUGGAUUAUGAGUUUUUGGUGGAUCUACUUACGUGAUUGUGAUCCUGAUGAGAUAGUCAAAGAUGUUAGGUGGAUUAUGAGAUUUUAGGUCUAGUAUGAGCGUGACUACUAUUAUAUUGGUGGAUAAACAUAUUUUUAAUUAAUCUUGAAAUAAUUUGGAUUUAGUUAUGUGAUUUUGAUCUUGAAGCAAAUUUGGCGAUAGAUUAUGAGUUUUUGAAGGAUUUAAUUAGGUGAUUGUGAUCUUGAGGAGAUAGUAAAAAAUGUUCGGUGGAUUAUGGGAUUUGAUUAUUCUGUUGGAGGAUAAAUAAUUUUUGAGAGUUGAUUUAAUUAAUCCUGAAACAAUUUGGAUUUAGUUAGGUGAUUGUGAUCUCGAACCCAAUUUCAUGGUGGAUUAUGAGAUUUUAGAUUUAAUAUGUGAGAAUGGCGAUUAUUAUAUUGGUGGAUAAAGAUAUCUCCAGUUAAUCUUGGAACGCUUUGAUUUAGUUAGGUCAUUGUGAUCUUUAAGCAAAUUUGUUAGUGAAUUAUGAUAUUUUAGGUGGAUUUAGUUACGUGAUUGUGAUCUUGGGGAGAUAGUCAAAGAUGGUCGGUGGAUUAUGACAUUUUAGGUGUAGUAUGAGCAUGACUACUAUUAUAUUGGUGGAUAAACAUAUAUUCAAAUAAUUUGGAUCAUUUUGGAUUUAGUUAGGUGAUUGAUCUUGAAGCAAAUUUGAUGAUGGAUUAUAAGUUUUUGGUGGAUUUAGUUAGGUGAUUGUGGUCUUGAGGAGUUGUCUAAAAUAUUCGAUGGACUAUGAGAUUGUAGGUCUAGUACGUGAGCAUUGUGAUUAUUAUAUUGAUGGAUAAAUAGAUCUUAAAUUAAUCUCGGAACACUUUGGAUUUAGUUAGGUGAUUGUGUUCGGUGGAUUAUGAGAUUUUAGGUCUAGUAGUUGAGCAUGGUGAUCACUAUAUUGGUGGAUAGACAGACCUUCAAUUAAUUUGGAACACAUUGAUUUUAGGUACGUGAUUGUAUCUUGAAGCAGAUUUAUCGGUGAAUGAGAUUUUAGGUGGAUUUAGUUAGGUGAUUGUGAUCAUGAGAAGACAGUCAAAGAUGUUCGGUAGAUUAUGAGAUUUUAAGCCUAUUAGGUGAGCAUGGUGAAUAUUAUAUUACCGAAUAAACAAAUCGUCAAGCAAUUUUGCAACAAUUUAUAUUCAGUUAGGUGCUUGUGAUUUUGAGCAAAAAUGCACGGUGAAUUACAAAAUUUUAGGUUGAUUUAGGUAGGUGAUUAUAAUCUUGAGAAGAUGUUAGGUGGAUUAUGAGUUUUUAGGGCUAAUAGGUGAGCAUGAUGAUUAUUAUAUUAUUAGAUAAACAAAUAUUUAGUUAAUCUUGGAACAAUUUAGAUUUUGUUAGGUGAUUGUGAUCUUCAACUAAAUUUCAUGGUGGAUUAUAAGAUUCUAGGUGGAUUUAGUUAGGUGAUUGUGCUAUUGAGCAGACCAAAGAUGUUUGGUGUAUUAUGUGAUUUUAGGUUAGUAUGGGCACGCCUACUUUUAUAUUGGUAGAUUAACAUAUCUUCAAUAAAUCUUGGAAGAAUUAAUUUACUUAUGUGAUUGUGAUCUUGAAGAAAAUUUGACGAUGAAUUACGAGUUUUUGGUGGAUUUAGUUUGUAGAUUGUGAUCUUGAGGAGAUAGUUAAAGAUCUUCGGUGGAUUAUGAGAUUUUAAGUCUAGUAUGAGCAUGGCUACUAUUAUAUUGGUGGAUAAACAUAUUUUUAGUUAAUCUUGAAAUAAUUUGGAUUUAGUUAGGUGAUUUUGAUCUUGAAGCAAAUUUUAUGAUGGAUUAUGAGUUUUUCAUUGAUUUAAUUAGUUGAUUGUGAUGUUGAGGAGAUAGUAAAAAAUGUUUGGUGGAUUAUGAGAUUUGAUUAUUUAUUGGUGGAUAAACAAAUUUUUAAUUAAUUUUUGAGGAAUUUGGAUUUAGUUAGGUGAUUAUGAUAUUGGACUCAAUUUCAUGAUGGAUUAUGGGAUUUUAGCUGGAUUUAGUUAGGUAAUUGUGGUCUUGAGGAGAUAGUCAAAGAUGUUUGGUGGAUUAUGAGAUUUUAGGUCUACACCUAGUUUCAAAGGAUAUGCUGGUGACCUUCGACAUCGACCUCGCCUCCGGCUUAUGCUGACGUCCCAGUUGUGAGAUUCUGAGCACUUCAAAGCCCUCAGCGCCAUCGUUGCGGAAGGGCAUACUUCGGAACCAAUGAAUCUCACUGCCAAGGUGAAUUCCGAAGUAUGUUGUUUUGGCCUAAACCUCUUGAACAGAAUCCGUAGUGAUCAUAUAGAGUGAAGAGCCUACUUUCAAGUUCUGCACGACUGGUUUCGAAGGCGCUGAGGGCUUGGAGUAUCACAACACAUUCUUGUACAUUCUUACUAUAGAUACGAUUAACAUGAGAGAUAAAACAAUUCUGAAUCUGAAGAGCAAUGGAAGUCAAAUCACCAACUAGCUGCAGCCUGUAGCUUGCUCAGCACCAUCAGACAAUCUGAAGCGAGAACCAUCAAUCGCCAGUAGCCUUCUGGUAGAGCAAAAUGCAGAGUCAGAGGGCAUCAAGCAAAACAAGGCCCGGAGUAUAUACUGCAGCAUCCUAGUGAAGCAUGACGCUGCUGGAAGGUCCCGUUAUGUGAAGUCCAAGGCUGAUUGGUGGACAAAUGCCGUGAGCAUGUCCGGCGUGGUGCUACAGUUGGCAAGACUGUCUGCCGCCAAAAUCUUGGAAGGUUAACUCAUUUGUGGCUGAAAGCAGAACAAGAGAGGCAACACAACUACUUAAAAGAUGGGCCAUAUGUGACACCUGAAGAAACAGUUGCUAUUUAUCCAACUAUUUCCCGUGCACAUCUUUGGCACAAGGUCCAUGAAAGUGUUGCUAUGGAUCUUUGCCAACUUCUGGGUCAGGAGUUGGAUGCGCUGGAGAUUGAGACAGUACAGAAGGAGACAAUACAUCCAAGGAAGAGUUGCAAGAUGAACAGUUCAUGUGCAGAUGUCCUUUUUGCUGCACAUAGGUGGCAGAUGUCCAAACCAAGCUUAGUUUCUAAGUCAAAGGAUGUCUUCAAUCAGAAAGCCAGUAACAAGCACUGGAUUGAUGUGCAACCAAGAUGGGGAGACUAUGAUUCACGCGACAUAGAACGUUACGCAAGAGCAAAAUUUAUGGACUACACGACAGAUAAUUUGUCCAUCUACCGUUCUUCGACUGGGGUGAUGAUUGGACUUGAUCUAGCUUAUAAUUUGCACUCUGCUUUUGGUAAUUGGUUCCCUGGGUCAAAGCCCCUCCUUCAGCAAGCAAUGAACAAGAUCAUGAAGUCAAAUCCUGCUCUGUAUGUGCCGAGGGAGAGAAUAGGAAAGGGUCUUCAGUUGUAUUCAUCUGAACCCACCGCCCACCGAACCAUAUCUGUCUUCACAAAACCACGGUACGGAGAGAUAUUCAGCAAUCAAAUCAUAUGGUUUGUGGAUGACACAAAUGUCUAUCGAGUUACCAUUCACAAAACCGAGGGUAACCUGACGGCCAAACCAAUCAAUGGUGUUAUCUUUAUUUUCAAUCCAAGAACUGGUCAACCAACUAUGUCUGAAGGUCAUCCACACAAGUGUAUGGGCAGGACAAAGCAAAUUAUUGUGACAAAGGGAUUUGGCAUGACAUGCUAAAAUUUUGGAGAAGAACAAGGCGUGGCAUGGUGAAAAGUCCAUCAUUUUGACCUGCCGGUGAACAUCAUGGGUCAGUGGUUAUGUUUGCGAGAAGAAAAAACCCUAUCGUGGUCAGUGGUUAUUUCUUGUCAAACUGAAUCGUUAUUGUCAAGUGGAUGUUUUGCUUGGUGUUAUCAUCCUUGUCUGGUUGAUUCUUUAUGAUUUGUGCUGCUUUGUUGAAGCUUGAUGUGUUAUGUUCAUCUGGUUUCUCUUCUUCUUAAGAUUGGAGCACUUGCAGAUUUCUGUUGCUAGAUUAAGUUUACUAUGUCGGUCAGUGUUUGGUUAUAUAUGUUUUUGUCAGUCAGUUUUGUGCCUGAGAGCAAAUCAGUUGUUCUGGACCUGGUCAAACCUCAGCUAUUGCUUGAGACAGUUCUGGGAUGGUGACCCCUUGAAGAGUCUGGUCAAAGCAAGCCAGUACUGCAGCAUAAACAUUACUACUGUAACCAUCUUGGCACUGACGAUGAUGGCUCACACCUGUUGGAUCAUAUCAAUAUGAGCCUCCUGAUCUUAUGCACAACCCUUCACGACACAGGACUGGCUUUGCUGUUCCGAGUCUCGUUGCGUGCGUCCGUCCCAUGGAAACCAACACCUGACAGCAACAGCAGUGGAUGUUUCUUCAUCUUUGUGACUAGAGUUGUUUUGACAGUAAUUCCGAUUAUGAGGUAAUGAAUGGUUCACAUCAUUAUAUAUCUUGCGGAUACUUUGAGCGCCUCAAAGCAUUGGUUUGUCAAUAUAUUACUAUUAGGCAUGCAAAUGUACCAGAUUAAGUAAGGGAAAGGAAGGCAACAUACCUCAAAAUUAUGCUGAAAAUUCUGUGUUGGUCCCAAGCAAAACGUUGUACAAAAAUGCAGUAGAAGUUGCGGGCAUGUCAAACAAAUGAUUUUAUUUGAUUUGCAGCAAAAGACUAGAAGGAAUUGUUCCUGGAGAACUUGGAAUAAGUGAUGGUAACUAAGAAUUAUAUCACGAUAAAAAAACGAAGAAUUAUAUCAGUAACUGUAAUUGUCCUGGGAUGAUAAGCAGUUGCACUGUCGCCUCAGCUAUUGUUUCUGUUUCCGUGAAGCAUUUUAAUAUUCACAUUCAGAAUUCAGAUGUAUAAUUACGCUACAGAGACUGUCUUCUCAGUUUCGGAGUGCAAGCAGUGUAGCUAGCCCACUGAAAUCUAGAGGCAGCCAAUCUGCUACUUUUAUAAUUUGUGUCUAUUAAUACUGAGUAAUUGCUAUAUCAAUGUAGAUUAUUUUUGUGUGUGCUGUACUAGUGCACUGUGACUUAAAUAAGAAUUUGGGGUAAUAUUGUUAUGCUCCCAGUAAACUUGUGUAUUUUCUGUUAAUAAUCUCGAGAAAGUUCGUAUAUUUUCUGGUUAAUCAUUGCAGCGUCGUCCAUGUUCACCAUCAGUUUGCUCGCAACUGUGUCAUACUACAUCCAUUUUAGCGAUAAGUAAUGCGGAGCGGAGGAAGUAGUUAAUUUUUCGCCCACAUCUAGUAGAAGAUCCAUGCCCCAUGCUGGCCAUCCGAGCAUUUUUUUGGAGUCUGCUAUUUCUCCAUGUUCCUGCUCCAUGCUGGCAAGAAUUGGAUCACGUUGCCCCUUGUUUUCUGAAAUUUUCCCAAUGACGCGAGUUUCUUGUUGGUAAUUCAAUAAAACAAUCCGUUAUUAUGUGACCUGAUUUCACAGAGGGAAUGAGGAUCGCUUUAUUUUCUAGAGUAACAAAUAGUAACAAUUACAGUGAGUUUUUUUGUGUGUUGCCCAGGCGCAGGCAUCAUUGGGCCAGCAGUCUGGAGAUAGAGGAAGGUGCAUAGCAGCAUAUGAUCCAUCCUGUACCAGCAAUGGAGAGGAAAAUCUAUAGCAAUGGAAGGUAUCCCACAAAACCCACAUAUCCCACUUAAUAAUAUGUUGGUUUUGACAGGCAUCCCACGCCAGAGACCUGACGUCGCCGGCACAUCACCUUUACCUCGUGAUCGAAUAUUCUCAUGGCCGUGGAGGAGAGGCGGCGAGCGGAGAAGGCCGAGGAGGGGCUGAGGACGGUCAUGUCGCUUAGCUGCUGGGGCCCACAUUAGGAGUACUAGUAGCUAGGGGUGUUGAGUUCGUUGCAGCUUGUGCUUUUGUUAUGUGACAAUCCCCACAUGAUCGGUUGUAAAGAUUGAUGAUGACGAUGAUGAAAAUUUCGGCUACGAGUUUACAUCACCCUCCUUGUUCAUGUGCUUCUGUGACUAGUUUCCGAACAAAAGGCCAAAGGCCAAUCUUUAUCAAGAGAGGUAGAAAAAAGAUCGGAGUUAGAGAGGGAGAGUAACUCAGCAAAGCAAGCAGAGAGGCAUACAGAGAAAACAGAGCAGCUUCGGCUACCUGCACAAAACAGGCCAACUCUGAACAAAGGAUGGAGCGGGGGAAAACAGAAGAGGAGUUUGAUCUCUAUACACCCGGCUGCCCUCCAACAACAUCUCACUCGCAUCUUCUUCGAUCAUUUCGAACACCUCCAGGUCACUGCAAACGAUGGCCUUCCAGCCAAAAUUCUUCUUGUCUGAUUAUUUUCAUGGGGUCGACCUGCUGGAUGUGCUUUUCUGUGGCUCGAGUCGGCCGUCUGUGCAUGCGGUGAUAUCGUUGGUGGCGAACAUG